AUGACGAAUAUUACAGAGAUGUACUCGAAGGCGCUGGACGCGCUCCUGGCGGGCCUCAGCGGCCUGCUGGAGAGCGCACGAGUGCGUGCAGCCGUGAUCUUCGCGGGCCUGCUGCUGUCCCUCGCAGUGCUUUGGGUGACGAAACCCGCCUCGCGCGUGGCGAGCGUGGGCGUGCGGCUGGUGCUGCGGCGCGCCAAGGCCAAGGCGCACCGGGUCACCUCGCGGCUGCUGUCGGGAUGGAUCCGCGUGGCCGACCUCGAGCUCGACGCGGAGGCCAUCGCGCCCGUGGACCUCCCCGUGCAGCUCCAAGUGGCCCGCCUGCAGCAGGUCGAGCUCCGUGUCAACUGGCGCACCCGCCGGGCCACGCUCUCCGUGCAGGGAGCCCGCCUCCUCGCCGUGACGCGACAGAACCCGAAGACGGUCCACCCGGACGUGAUGUUGCGGCGGAUACAGUCCGGGCUGGAGGUGCUGCGCGAGAACAAGCUGGACGCGGUGGAGAAGCUGCUGUGGGGCAUGAAGCGGCACCGGCGGGGCGUGCUGUACAAGGUGCUGCUCUUCCUGGGGCGGCAGCUGGCGUACCAGGUGGUCUCGCGCGUCGAGCUCGUCGUGCAGGACCUCGUGCUCGGCGUCAAGGUGUCGGGCGCGCACGCGCGCGGCGAGCACAUUGUGUGCACGCACCGCCGCGCCAGCGGGGACGACCGGGAGGGCCCGGCGCACGGGGACGGGCCGGCGGCGGCGUGCGGGUGCGGCGGCGCGGCGAGCAUGGAGGGCUGCGGCGUGCUGCUCAAGGUCGGGACGCUCGCGCUGCGGCAGGCGCCGCGGCGGGAGGCGAUGCCGUACGGCGUGGCGGCGCUCGAGGCGAGCGUGGACAACCUGAACCUGCACGCGGUGCUGACGGAGCGGGCGCCGCGGACGAGCGACGCGACGGGGAGCGGCGCGGCGUCGCGCGCGGAGCAGUGGGCCGCGGGCCUGGACUGGCCCGGGCCGGGCGCGCCGGCCAAGCGGGUGCGCACGGCGCCGGUGCGCGCGGGGGCGCGGCCGGCGUUCGACGAGGAGCUGCCGGCGUGGCACGGGGCGUGCGAGCUCCACCCGCUCCUGCGGCGGUGGUCGGCGCAGGCGGCGGUGCGGUGGGGCGUGGCCUCGGGCACGUUCGACAAGUCGUCGCCGGUGUUCGACAUCGGCGUGACGGCCAACGCGCUGAUGCUGACGCUGGACGCGCCGAGCACGCGCGCGCUGCAGGCGCUGAGCGCGUGCAUCGUGGACUCGCUCAAGUUCCGCGGCGCGCGCAUGGUCCGUCCGCGCGUGCCGGUGUUGCAGGACCCGCGCGCGUGGUGGCAGCACGCGGUCGGGUGCGUGCGCCGCGAGUUCACGCGCUCGCGGUGGUACAUGACGCGCCGCGACAAGACGCUCAGCUCCGUCGCGGACGUCGUCUCGGUGUGCCGCGUGCGCGACCGCUACGUGGAGGCCUACGUCAAGUGGAUGGUGCUGAAGAGGUUCGCCGUGCUCGACUACAACCCGCUCGCGUCGCUCCUGCGGCGCCGGCUCGAGCGCACGCUGCGCGCGAUCGACGAGCGCGUCUCGCUGCACGACAGCGUGGUCUUCCGCUGGUGGGCGUGGGUCACGACGCCGUCCAUGGCGCUCCUCCUGCUGCGCCUGCUGCUCGGGCUGCCCGUGGGGCACUGCGCGAACUGGGAGGCCGGGCAGCGGAGCACGGACGCGACGCACGCGAAGAUGGAGGAGGUCCUCGGCGUGCUGCGCCUGCGCGGGCAGGUGUACCUGGAAAAGAAGCGCCCCCUGCGCCUCAAGCUGACGCUCUUCUGCCCCAAGGUCGCGGUGCGGCUGGCGAUGGGCGCGCGCGGCGCGGGCAACGACGGGUCCGUGCGCGCGACGUCGGAGCCCAAGGUGACGAUGCUGGAGGCGGCGGUGCACGACAUCCAGGUGAAGCUGCAGGCGGGGCAGCCCAAGAGGGGCGCGAAGCAGCCGCCGGUGCCGCAGCAGCCGCCGCCGGCGCUGCAGGGGCGGCCGGUGUCGGUGGACGGCGGCCAGGCGCGGCCGGGGCGGCGCUCGCGUCUGGGGGACGUCGAGAAGAUGGGGACAGUGUCGCAGCCGGUGGAGGCGGGGGCGGGGGCGGAGGUGCGGGGGGGUGUGGAGGACGAGGGGGCGGAGGGCGAGGCGGAGGAGGAGGCGGCGGCGAUGAGCUCGCGGCACAGGCGGAGGGCGCGGAAGUUGCCGGCGGCGGGGUCGCAGUCGGCGCCGCGCAACCCCACGCACGUGCACAGCGGGAGCGGGCCGCUGGAGGUGUCGCUCAACGUGCGGCAGCUGCUCAUCACGAGCGCGAUCGAGGGCGGGAGCGCGCAGGCGGGUCGGCGCGGGCAGCCCCCGCCGCCCGUGGGCGCGCGCGGCCCUCGGGAGCCCUGCGUGGUGACGCUGGUCGCGUCGCCCCCGGACGAGCACCUCCCGCACGCAAGCACCAUGCGGCCCAAGCGCGGCGCGGACGGCGCGCGCCCGCCGGCCAGCGCGGCGGCCAGGGCGCACGAGCCCGCGGACCAGCGGGGCGCGGCGGCGCGCGCCUUCAAGGGGCUGCCGUCACGCACGUGGGGCUUCCUGAGCCGGAGCUUCCGGCGGCAGCCGCGGCGGUCGGGCGCCGGGGGCUACCGGGACGGUCCGCAGUCGUUCGUGUCGCUCAAGUACGUGGUCCCCGCGCUGGUGACGCUGGAGCCGUCGUGGGUGGACGUGGUGGUGGCGCCGCUGGACUGCGUGGUGCUGCAGGAGGUGAUCCUGGCGUGCUGCCGGUUCGGCGCGGAGGCGGCGCCCCCCGCGCACCUGGAGCCGCUCGUGAUGACGCGCCGCGUGACGAUUCAGGCCGCGGUGAUGGACCAGGCGGCCAACGCCAUGCGCCCAGAGGACCUGCAGGCCAGCGCGGGCCCGUCGUGCGGGACGCUCGUGCAGGCGCGCACGGGCGUGAUUUUCCUCUCGAUCCCCACGGGCCGCGACGUGGACGACGUGACCAAGGCGCCCGACGCGGCGGCGCGCCCGGGGCAGCGCGUGGGCGUGCCGGGGAGCAGCGCGGGCGAGGACGGGCGGUCGACGGCGUCGGGGUGGAGCGGGUACGACGAGGGGCGGCCGAGUUCGGCGGCGUCUGGGGGCGGGCGCGGGCGGCGGCGGAUGAACGGGCUGAACCACCUCGGGUACACGCUGGUGGUGCGCGUGGGGGAGGUCAAGGUGGAGACGGAGGACAUCACGGACGCGUCGGCGCGGAAGCUGAAGACGCGGUGGCUGCAGAACCGCGCGGGGACGCUCACGCGGCAGCGCAAGGAGGUGGAGCUGGACGUGUCGGCGUUCCUGCGCAAGGUGUCGGCGGCGGGCGAGGUCAAGGCGCUGGACAUCGUGAGCAACGUCAAGUUCCACGGCGUGGUCGAGCAGUGCUUCGAGCAGGAGGACGGGCAGAUCCGCGCGGCGAAGAACAUGCGCUUCAACUCGGACAACGUGCGCGUGCACAUCUCGCCCUUCACCGAGGGACACCUCAUCGGGCUGCUCAACGACUGCGUGGAGCUCUACCGGCAGACGCGCCGCCUCGCUGCCGCCGUGCAGCCGGGCCACAACCCCUUCCGCGACGAGCUCCUGGACGCCAGCGUCGCCAACGACCCCGUGGGGCACAGUGUGCUGCGCGUGCACAACGGCUCGGUCGGGGGCAGCAGCCUGCGCGGCGGGGGCGGCCGCAGCAGCGUGCGCGCGGGGCGGAAGCACCCGCGGAGUCGCGGCCGCGGGCAGGACGACGGCGCGCGGGAGAGCGCGACCCCGAUGGUGGCGAUGGAGGCGGUGGUGGCCGUGCAGGUCUACAUCCCGGAGUUCAUCUUGACGAUGAGCAAGGCCACGGAGGCGAGCCGGAUGGUCGACCUGCUGUCGUUCGGGAUCCACGGGCUGCAGAUCGGGACGGCGCACGACCCGCGGACCUUCGGGACGGACGUGCGCGCGUCGCUGGGGCGCCUGUGGCUGUCCGACCACACCGCGAGCCCCGUCGAGAACGCCGAGCCGCCGCACUACACCAAGUUCAUGUGCCCGAAGAACCGCGACCGCAUCCUGCACCCGCUCCCCUCGGGCCACGACGUGAAGCCCAACGAGAUCCUGCACCCGGACCGGGCGGUGCCGGGGACGCUCAAGCCGCGCGCGUACAGCCGGCGGGACCGCAUGAAGCUGUGCUUCGACUUCUGGCGCGCGCACACGCUCGAGACGCGCUCCAAGCGGCCGUGCGAGGACGUGCGCAAGGGCUACGAGCACCUCGUGCUGCAGCCCACGGGGCAGGUGUUCUUCACCAUGGUGCUCCCGCGGUCGACGCUGGGCGCGCAGCGGCCGGCGCUGGACGUGCGGUGCAACUACUUGGGCCUCGCGCUGAACACGCGGUCGAUCGAGCGCGCGUCGCCGCACCUGAUUCAGUUUUUCGAGCAGGCGGCGUCGGUGGUCAAGAUCCGCGACCUGGACAAGGCGAGCGACUCGGAGGAGGACUCGGACAGCAGCUCGUCGGGGUCCGACUCGGACAGCAGCUUCGAGGGGUACAACUCGGCGGCGAGCGGGCGGCAGUCGAAGGCCGGGUCGGUGCGCAACGCCAGCCCGGCACACAAGCGGGCGCUCGCGGGCGACAGCGACGGGCCGCUCUUGAGCCGCAUGCGCGAGAGCGGCUACUGGGACGCGCAGGCGCAGAGCCAGGGCCUCGGUAGCGUCGCGAUGAGCACGCUGCUCGGCAUGGCCAUCGAGGUGCGCGCGGCGUGCUCGUACGUCACCAUGUCUGUGGAGGACAAGCACGUCGCGAGCGUCCUCCUCGACGGCGUCGGCCUGCGCGUCGAGGAGCGGUACCACCGCAACCCGCAUGACGCGCAGAGCGCCCGGCAGCGCGCGCGCCGCCCCGCGGGCCCCGUGCGCGGCCUGGAGUCGAGCUUCCUGAUCCUCGCGCGCUGCGAGGAGGUCAGCCUCGUGGACCACCUCUGCCCGACGACGUCCGCGUUCGUCCUGCCCAUCAGCGCGCCCUGCCCCGAGUCGGGCUACGCGCUCCAGGUCGCCAUCUUCAAGCGCGGGCUCAAGAUGGCCAAGGAGGGCGGCGCGCUGGGGCUGGCCGGGGACCCCGUGACGGCCGCCGCCGCCCUGCGCCGCAAGCAGGUGCCGCGCAAGGUCAGCAGCAAGCGCGAGGCGUCCAUGCGCAUGCUGCGGUCGCACGCGGAAGGCGCGCAACAACAGCAGCCCGGGGCCGCGGUGCACGUCGACACCGAGCUGCCGGACCAGACCGUGAUCCGCAUGGAGGGGACGAACGUGCGCGGGGCGCUCCUGUUCCGCUUCCUGUGGGACAUCCUGCACUUCUACUUCACGUACCAGGAGAGCCUGGUGCAGCUCUGCCGUGAGCUGUCGCGCCUGCUGUCCGCGGGCAAGCGGCCCGCGACCGCGCACCGCACCGGCACGCCGCCGUCCCCGGCGAUCGAGCUGAAGCUGCUGGACUCGAUGCUGGACCUCCCGCGCAACUCGCACAGCGCGGAGAUGCUCACCGUGGCCUUCAAGGAGCUGGUGAUGCACCUGCCGGUGCGCACGGACUACGUGCAGGUCAUGCAGGAGGCCGCGAAGACCGCCACGGCGCCGAAGAAGGCCGGCGCGUCCGAGUCGCAGCGCGGCGCGCACCCGGACAACCUGUCCUCGCUGCGGGAGGCGUGGCGGCGCGUGUCCGGGCACGAGCUGGACCGGAAGGGCGCGGGCGGGCGCGCGCAGCGGAGCGUGCAUGAUAAGCACGAGAGUCCGGGCCACAGCGCCCCGCAGCGCACGCAGUCCCGGCGGCCGCGCCCGCCCAACAUGCCGCACCUGUGGGUGGUCAACCCGCGGUGGACGGGGCAGCUGGACGGGACGCUGCCGAGCAUCACGAGCUCGCACGACUCGAAGGACGACAAGAUGAAGACGUUCCGCGCGGCCGUCACGCACACCACCGCGCGGCAGCGCUACACGUCGGUUCUGCGCCUGGUCGACGUCGCCGAGUCGUUCUACGCGCUCUUCCGGCCGCACGCCGACGUGGCGCGGCUCGCGCAGGGGUUCAGCGAUCUGCGCCUCGGCUUCCACGCGAAGGGGCUGCAGCUGUACAACUGCCGGAUCGACCACGAGAAGAUGAUUGAGAGCUUCCUGACGUCGAUGUUCGGGCCCGACGGGGAGGGGGCCGCGAAGGAGGCGGUCUCGAGGUCCAGCACCGCGCCGGCGGACGCGGGGUCGUCGCACAGCCCGCCGCCCUCGGCCAUGGACGCCGCGGAGAGCCUGCGCACCAACAUGGCCGCGGUGGGGAUGGCGCCUCCGCCGAGCAUCGCGGAGCUCAAGCUCAGCCCGCCCGGGCACCUGCGGCUGCCGAGCACCGUCGUGGAGGAGACCGAGGAGGAUAUCUGGAGCCAGCGCACGCCGGCUGGGCCGGUCCGGAAGGCCCCGGCGCCGUGGGGACGCAACCCGCGCGGGCGCAGGACGCCCGAGGGCAGCGGGUCGUUCGGGCGGAUCGACGAGGGCGCCCACGAGGGCGAGACGUCGGAGGAGUCGUCGAGCGGCGACGACCUGGAGGAGGACGACUACGACGCGCCCGGGUCGCCCGGCCUGGCGCCGCUGUCGCCGGCGAAGAAACCGCCGGUCGAGCGCGUGAUCAAGCAGGCGGCGAACUUCUCGCUGAGCAAUCUGAUGACGCUGUGCAGCCCGGAGUACCACUGGCGGCACAUCGGCGAGGGCGGGGACCUGUCGAUGCAGAUCCUGGUGGGCAACAGCCCGGAGGCCAGCAAGUGGAGGAUGACCUUCGAGUGGCCGUACUGCGCGCUCGUCUUCGGGGAGGCGCAGUACCAGCAGCUCAUGGCCUUCACCUUCGAGAACAUGGCCGAGCCGGGGACCUUCCUGCCGCAGACCCCCGGGUGCUAUUACGGAAAGAAGAUCGGGGAGGUGUUGAAGCCCGUGCCCGACCUGCCGCCGACGCUGGGCGUCGACCCGGACGCGAAGCCGUCGUGGUCGAUCGAGGUGGACGUCGGCGCGCUGCAGGCCAUGGUCGAGCAGCCCCCGCAGGCGCAGCCCAUGGGCGUCGACUUCCUGCGCGGGCGCGGGCAGCGGCUGUCGCUGCUCAAGCUCACGGGCGGCAGGGUCGUCGUCGACGAGUUCGCGAGCCCGCCCGAGCUGGGCCCGAACCGCCCCUCGCGGCGCAUCCGCGUGGAGUCGGACGGGCUGUUGAUCACGGACCACCGCUGGGCAGCGCUCGAGCCCGGCGCGAGCGGGACGGACAUCCCCGUGAUUCGCGUGCCGCCCGCGGCCGCCAUCGCUGCCGGCGCCGCGCCUCAGCCGCCGGGGACCGGCUUCAGCGUGCUGCAGCACGGGCUGGGCGGGGAGCAGGGCAGCACGGCAGUGGUGCCGGCGCUGCCCGGGCGGAGCGCGGCGGAGUGGCCGGCGAAGCGCUUCCGGGUGCAGUACGUGAUGCAGAACGGGUACUUCGAGGACCACGUGGGGCGUUACGACGGCGGGGGCCCCACGACUAUGGAGGUGGAGAUGUGGGGCGCGGAACUGCUGUGGCCGCACGGGCCGGACCUGUCGGUCGUGCACAAGGUGCAGGAGGUGUUCACGCGGUACAUGUGGAAGGACUCCGUCGCGCUGUUCCCGCGGCGGAGGGACGCGGACCAGUGGAUGUUCAUCAACGUGGUCCUGGCGCACAGCCGCAUCCAGGUGCCGCUCCCGGCGCAGACGCGGCAGUCCAUCCACGAGGCGCCGCGCCUGAGCCACCGCCACCUCGCGCUGGCAUUCGACGCCCUGCGCGUGGGGUACCACUGGGGCGGCGACGGGCAGACGCAGCUGCGCGUGGACACGGCCAAGCUGCGCGGCGACCUCAACGCGGAUCUGUUCGCCAAGAUCGACGCGCACGAGGGGGGCAUCCUGCGCCCCGUCAGCGGGUUCCUCGACGUGCGGUGGAGCACGCCGCGCAACCACGAGCGCCCCUGCUCCAUCGUGGUGCGUGCGGGCUUCACGCCGCUCAACCUGCGGCCGUCCUUCGCGCACACGCAGUCCAUCACCGCGCUCAUCAGCCUCGUGCGCCGCGGGCAGCAGCUGCAGCAGGAGGAGCAGGAGCGCGUGGACGAGGAGCGCAAGCAGCUGCAGGCCGUCUUCGACAGCACGCUGGCAAACUCCGCGCGCGGCACGGACGAGCUGCGGCCGAGCUGGGAGGAGGAAAUCACGGCCCCCGGCCUCGUGCGCAAGCCCAUGCCGCUCAAGGGUGACAGCUUCAUGGGCAAAGCCACCGUGACGCCCAUCACCAAGCGCGGGCGCGCCUCCUCGUUCCUCAACACCGCCGUCGCGGAGCCGAUUCCGGACAACACGAGGCUGUUCAGCCAGGUGAAGAGGUACGAGGACAGCGGGUCCAUCCUCGGCGGCUCGCUGCGGCUGAACGCCCCCGCGGGCGCGCUGGCCCCACCCAACCCGGGGCCCACGAAGGUCCCGUCGCGCAUGGUCGCGCUCUCCCAGUCGGACCCGCGCAGCGAGGGCUCGGGCCACGAGCUCGCGGACGGCGGGCAGUCUCUGCGGCGCGCGAAGAGCGCGAAGAAGGAGCCCGCGGCCGCCGACGACGUGGCCCACGUCGCAGGGGCGCCAGUGGCUGGCACGUCGUUCCUGGACCACCUGAACCUCGGCCGCGGCGGCGGGCCGUCGCUGGCGGGCACGAUGGGCACACAGAGCGGCGUGGAGCUGGACGAUCUGAGCGGGAUGCAGGAGGCGCUGGGGCGCGCGAUGCAGGCGGCGCAGAACACGCGCGUCGAGAUCAUGCGCAGCGAGUCGAUGAAGGCGCGCACGGGGCGCACGGCGAGCGCGCGCGGCACCAACGAGGAGGAGGUGCCGCCCCCGGCGGCACCGGGGGCGUUCCGGCCGUCCCUGCAGCAGUUCGUGCUGGUGGUGGAGCAGGUGGAGGUGACGCUGGUGGACGACCGGCACGGGCACAGCAUCGACGUGCUGCAGGCCGCGGUGUCGCACAUCUCCGUCCUCGUCGGACAGGAGCAGGUGGUGCCGGGCGUGAGCCCCAACCGGCUCGCGGCGGCCGGCCUGAGUUUGCACGCGGCGUUUUUGAACAGCUCGAUGGACAUGAUGGAGAACAUCGUGGAGCCGUGGCGCGUGCAGCUCGAGAUGCGCGGCAUGGGCAACAGCCAGAACGUCCUGGUCAGCUCCCGCGAGCGCCUCAACGUGCUGUUCAGCCCGGCGUCGUUCCAGUCGAUCGGGGACGCCAUGACCUUCGCGAACCAGAUCUCGUUCGACAGCGCGGACAGCGGGAACCUGCGGCGCCGGCUCGCGCGGCGCGACACGCAGACGCGCGCGGCGGGCUCGCGCGGCGCGCUGCUCUCGCCCGUGCUGGCCGACCGCGGGGCGCGUGACGCCAAGGAGCCGGCCCGCGCGCACAACCUGUACAUCGUGAAGAACGAGACGGGCCGCCUGCUGUCGUGCUGGGUGGAGAACCCCGCGGACGAGAGCGUGGGCGACGCGCCGCACAUCCACGCGCUGCGACCGGGGGCGGAGGAGCCGCUGCUGCAGGAGCCGAAGGCGGUGCACGUGGUGCUGGCCGACACGCAGCAGGACGUGCUCGCGCGCACGAUCAGCAUGCAGGUGGAGGGGCAGCUCAACCCGCUGACGAACGUGGUGGUGGACAAGGUGGGCACCUUUGCCUACGAGUUUGACGCGGGGACGCGCAGCGACGAGCACAUGCCCGUGGUCGUGGACGUCAAGCUGGAGGACCGCACGAAGAUGCUGUCGGUGCACGGCCCCUUCUGCCUGCUGAACGAGACCAACACGGACCUGGAGUUCCGCGUGCACCUGUACGGCGCCCACCGCCGCAACAGCCGCAUCAUCAGCCUCCCGCAGAGCGGCCCUCUGCAGCCCGGGAGCCGCUGCUACGUGCCCACGUCGCUCAUCAACUCGGGCCUGAUCUACGUCCAGGCGGUGGGCUACCAGCAGGCCGAGAAGGACGCCAUCCGCCUGGACUACUCCAAGCCGAGCGUCCUGCUCGCGCAGCAGGGCCUCGUGCACUGCACGCCGCAGCCGGGGCGCCUCGACGGGUUCACCACGUCGCUCUCGAUCCAGAAACAGGAGCUGCAGGCGUUCAUUCCGAUGACGGGCACCAUGCGCAUGCGGCCCAUGUACACGCUGGUCUUCAGCGCGCCGCUCGUCAUCAAGAACCUCCUGCCCUACCCCGUCAGGAUGCAGCUCCACGAGCGCGGCAUGCGCAACACGCAGGACAAGGUCGCCGUCGAGUCCGCGGACAAGCUGCACGUCACGGAGUUUGACAUGUCGCACAAGCUCUACAUCAACCUGAGCCUCGACCCCUUCCGGAGCCAGCCCACCGCCAUCCACUACCCCGUCUCCAACAUGUUCCUCGACGACGACAUCCCCUCGGUCGUCACGCGGCAGGGCCACGUCGUGGAGAAGUCCAUUGACGUGUCGCUGGACGCCGGCGACGGCCGCCAGAUGUCGCUCCGGCUCGACUGGACGCACAACAAGCUCGCGAACCAGAAGACCAUCAACAUCACGUGCCCGUUCUGGCUGCUCAACCUCUCGGGGCACGACAUCAUCUUCAAGGAGCUGGGCAGCACCGUGGAGCGCGUGGCGCCGCGCAGCGACGACGACCUCAACCCGGAGCCGGUCCUCAUGGGCGUCGCGCGCGGGAACAUCCAGUUCUCCACCAAGGACCACGCGUGGACCAAGCCCAUCAACGUGACGCAGAUCGGCUCCAAGGGCGGGGUCAGCAUGCUGGCCACGCGCGGGGCCGCGUCGAGUGCGGCCGCGGAGGACGACGCGGACGGCGAGGAGGAGUACGGCGGGAGCGGGCGCGAGCUGUCGCCGCCGCCGUCGGACGGCCGCAAGGGCCUGCGCAAGCGCCUGUCGAGCCGCGCGCUGGACGUGCGGCUGCGCAGCAAGCACAUGCGCAAGCUGAUCCCGUUCAAGCGCACGCACGGGCGGCUGGACUUCGGCGUGCACAUCUCGGUCGCGCCCAAGCCGUACGACCAGGUGAAGGUCGUCACGUUCACGCCGCGGUUCUUCAUGGUCAACACCACCAACGAGACCAUCCACGUGCGGCAGCGCGGGUGCGAGGGGCGGCCGCUGGUGCUGCACCCGAAGCACGAGACGCCCUUCCACUGGCCGGACGGGUUCGGGAAGAUGGCCAUCGAGGUCAAGCUCGACGGGGAGCUGCAGAACUGGGCCUGGUCGGGCUGCUUCCGCAUCGACCAGCCGAGCGACUUCGGCGUGCGGCUGCGCGACCUGUCGAGCCACGAGGUGCACAUCCUGCACGUGGUCAUCUCGCCCGUGCAGGGGUCGCUCCAGGUCUCGUUCAUCAGCUCCAAGAACCGCCCCGUGCCCUACCGCGUGGAGAACCGCUGCCGGAAGACGACGAUCAAGUUCCGGCAGAGCCUGAAGAGCCCGAGCCGGUCGGUGCAGUGGGACCAGGUCGCGCCGGGCAAGUUCAUGCACUACGCGUGGGACUUCCCCGCGGAGAUGGACCGCAACCGGCUGCAGGUGGAGGUGGUGCGCACGGGCUUCAUGGACGCGUCCAGCGCGGUGCACGAGUACCAGCUGGACAACCUGAUGGUGCACCCGACCAUCCUGCAGCGCCGCAUCAAGGGCAAGGGCGUCGGCAAGAAGCAGCGCAUGGGCAACAUGGCCUCCACGGCGGUGGAGAACAUCUACGUGGCGGUGUACGCGGACGACGCCACGCGCGUGCUGGCCUUCUCGAACGACCGCGACAUCCUGCUGCAGCGCCACGACGAGAACGAGGAGAUCCGCACGCAGAAGAUCAAGAUGGAGCGCCUGCUCGCCGACAUCCACCACGUGGGCAAGCAGCUGCGCACCUUCACGCACCACGACCUCACGCUCCUCGGGCUCGGGAACCUCGAGGCGGGCGACGUCGACGCGGACGACCGCUUCCCCGACCACAGGGUCGCCGGGCUCGGGCCGCGCCUGACGCAGGUCUCGGUGGGCGACGUCAUGCCCCCGCACCUGCACGCGCGCACCAAGAGCGCCGUGCCAGACAUCGCGCGCGAGCUGAGCGGCAGGACGUUCGGCAGCAUGAGGGACCGGUCGCCGUCGGGCCGCUCGAUGCCUGCGGAGGAUGACGCGGGCUCGGACGAGCUGCCCGGGGAGCGGCAGCUGUCGCAGCUCAACAGCGGGCGCGCGCGCGCGUCCCUGCAGGCGGUGCAGGAGGAGGGCGACGCCGCGGGCGCCAGCCCCGUCAGCGCGCCCCCGGACGGCGUGACGCCGCUCGCUGGCCGUGUGUCGCACGGCGGCCAGGGCGGCGCCGCGCCGCUGGUCACGGCCUUCAUGCAGCGGCAGCGCUCGGCGGGGCGGGGUGAGGCCGGCACGUCGCAGUCCCUGGGCGAGGGGCAAGCGGGGCGCCAGCUUUCGCGGAAGAAGUCGAACAUGAUGAGCAAGCGGUUCAUGUCGAUGGACGUCUCCAAGUACCUGGAGGCGGGGCCCUCGGAGGUGCGGCGUCAGAACACGGGGCUGCGCGGUGGUCGGCGGACGGACGCGGCAAGCAGCACGGCGAUGCUGAGCGCGCUGGAUGAGUCGAUGAUCCUGUCGAACACGCUCCUGACGCCGACGCACGCCCCGCCGCGCACGUUCGAGUCGCUGAUGGUGGACGAGACGCGGCUCUUCGAGGACGUAGUGCGCGCGCGGUACGCGCUGCGGGGCCACACGGAGGGGCGCGCGCUGCCGUCGGGCGAGGUGCAGGCCGGGUCGACGGUGAGCACGCCCGGGUCGGCGGCGGGCGAUGACACGAAGCGCACGACGGACCUGGGCUUCCUUGGCGGGGAGCUGGCGGUGCGCGUGGUGCGCGCGGAGGGCCUGUACGCGGACAAGAAGGGGCGGAAGCUGCUCCUGCGGCGGGCCGCGGUGGCGCGCGACAUGGACGUGUACAUGAAGCUGCACUGCGAGGAGCAGACGUUCAAGACCGAGGUGUCCAAGUGCAAGUCCGGGGACGCGGAGUGGCACGAGGAGGUGGUGUUCCAGACGGUCAGCAACCGGUCGGACCUGCGCAUCGCGGUGUACGCGCGCACGGUCGUCGGCGCGGACGACUGCGUCGGCGAGGUGAUCAUCCCGCUGCGCGACGUGGAGCGCACCAAGCAGCGCGUCGACGGGUUCAGCGUCACGGACCUGAAGACCUAUGCGCUGACCAAGCGCAACGCCGGCAAGCUCCGCAGCGACGGCGCUGGCGCGGUGCUGCAGCUGGGCAUCGCGUGGCGCAUCACCCCGCUGGACAAGAUCAUCCUCAAGGUGCGGUCGCUCGAGGAGGAGCUCGACGCGAGGCUGGAGAUCCUGGCACAGCUCGAGGAGCGCUUCCUGGCGUCCAACCAGCACCCCACGCCGCAGAUCGGGCCCGCCGACCAGUCGGAGCCGUCGCAGACGCCCGCCCCGUCGGUGGCGCCGGGCCGCAGCAGCCGGCAGCUGUCGCCGAAGAAGCUGAUCACGCAGCCCGGCGCGAUGAUCGACGCGCACGGCAUGAAAGCGGUGUGUGGACAGGCAUGCCCGCAGUCGCUGCAGCUGGCGACCAGCAAGCAGGGCCGCCUGGAGGUGACGGUGCUGGAGGCGCGCAACCUGACGCCGACGUACAGCCGCAAGGUGCUGCGCUCGCUGUACACGAUGGACUCGUACGUGGUGGCGCACCUGUCGACGCGGCUGGGGGAGCAGACGGAGACGUCCAAGGUGUCGCGCAACUCGAUGACGCCGGUGUGGAACGAGUCGUUCCGCUUCGACAACGCGACGCCGCAGGACACGCUGGAGCUGUCGCUGUGGGACCGGCGGCGCGUGGGGCACAACGUCUUCCUCGGCAGCGCGUCGGUGGCGCUGACGCAGAUCAUGGACGGGCGGCCGCACUACACGUGGCUGGCGCUCGAGGCGCGGCGCGAGGAGGACAAGUUCGUGACGGGCGACCUGCACAUCCGGCUGCGGUGGAAGGAGGAGGGCACGGACGACGACCUGCGCGCGUUCGUACUCGAGCUGUCGCUGGCCAGCGUGGGCGUGAGCAUGGUCGAGAGCCAGAGCGCCAAGCUGCCGCGCGAGGUGGCCUUCAUGCUGAUGGAGGACAUCAGCGCGGUGAUGCGCAACUUCAAGACGCACGAGGACAUCCGCAUGUCCAUCAGCGCGCUCCAGGUCGACAACCAGCUCCUCUCGUCCACGCACCCGAUCAUCCUCAGCCGCACCCCCACCUACCUGGAGAACGUCCCGCGCAUGCACAAGCUCCUGCAGCGCCACCGCCACCAGCACCGCCGCGUCGGCAACGCCAGGAACGGCGCGGAGCAUGCCGGCGGCAUCCUUCCGCGCGCGAGCACGCCGUUUUUGCGCGUGUGGUCGAAGCGGUCGUUUGCCAACCCCACGAUCAUGAACUUCGAGGAGCUCACGUGCGACAUCGCGGAGGUGGACUUCGUGGUCGAGGAGGAGCUCAUCGACGUGGCCAUCAGCAUCCUCAACUCGCUCCCCGUGGACCACCUGCGCUCGGAGGACGACGCGAAGCUGCAGCGCGUGGGGUCGGUGCGGCACACCGAGUCGGCCAAACUGCGCGAGCAGCUGUCGCGGCUGGCGAGCGCGUCGCACGUGCACACGGAGAGCAGCAGCUCCACGCGGUUCUACUUCAAGACGCUGAAGAUCGACACCAUCAAGGUCAACCUGACCAUUGUGCCCUACGCGGAGAGCUCGCAGCUCGACUACCUGUCGCAGGGCGCGGGGCAGGGGCUCCGGAUGUUCCGCAACUUCGGCAUCAACCUGAUGGACAUCAACCAGGUGCCCAUCCGCAUCGGCGCGCUGGUCCUCAACAACCAGCUCAUGGCCUCGGAGGAGCUGUACAACACGGUGCACAAGCACCUCUCGGGCGCGGCCCUGCGCGAGAUCUACCAGAUCCUCGGCACCAUGGAGAUCCUCUCCCCCGUCAUCAUGCUCACCGAGCUCGGCAAGGGCGCCGUCGCGCUGGCCAUCUCCCCCUUCAAGGCCCUGCGCGGCAACCGCGCCGACCGCGCCCUGCCGUCCUCGCCCGUCGAACUCACCGACCGCGCGACGGGCGCGUUCAAGAGCUCGCUCAUGGGCCUCCUCACCGCGCUCGGGCAGUUCUCCGGCGGCAUCUCCAAGGGCUUCUCCCUGCUGUCCGGCGACGAGCAGUACAUGCUCCGCUCGCGCCGGCGCCCGCAGAACACGCUGCAGGGCAUGCAGUACGGCGGCCAGGCGCUCGCGUCCGGGCUCGUGGACGGCCUGACGGGCAUCGUGCGCAUGCCCAUCAUCGGCGCGCAACGCACGGGCUUCCGCGGCUUCUCCAAGGGCGUGGCCAAGGGCAGCCUCGGGUUCGUGCUCAAGCCCAUCGGGGGGCUCUUCGAACUGGCCUCGAAGACCGUGCACGGCGUCGCGCAGAGCGUGCAGAACAGCGGGAUGCGCUCGGUGGUGCAGCAGGCACGCAACAACCGCAAGCGCAUCCGCGCGCCGAUCUCCAUCCUGCACCGCGACCAGAUCGGCGACAACGCGCGGGCGAUCUUCCGGCAGUGGACGGAGGUCGCGGGGCGCCUCAAGUACGGGCGGUACAAGGACGAGCACGUGCAGGACUUCCUGCAGAACAAGGAGAACAAGGCCCUGCUGCUGACGGAGAAGCGCAUCAUCUACCUGAACCUGACGCGGCGGCACGUGCGCUGGACGAUGCUCUACGAGGACAUCACGUCGCUCGAGACGUACGGCCUGGAGAUCAUCAUCCACGGGCGACGCCACAGCAACAAGCGCGGGAGCUUCCUGGCGCUCGCCGUGCCCGUGCGGCGCGACGUGCACUGCCAGACCAGGAACCUGCAGAACUCCCUGCUCGUGAAGAUCAUGCGCGCCCUCGGCACCUCCGGCGAGCGCAACAUGUUCAUCUCCCACGAGGGGGUGCGCGCGCGGCCCGCCGCGGUCGUGGAGAGCGUCGUCGCGCGGAACACCAACCUCGACAUGCUCGGCAUCUUGCAGCGCACGCCGGACCACGUGUUCGACAGCCAGUGCUUCCAAAUCAAGGUGACGGAGUGCUCGCCCAGCGACGCCCCGCCCUGCGAGCCCGAGGACCCCGCGUACGAACACUCGUUCUCCUCGCUGCCGCGCGUCCACGACGCCGCCGACGACCCCGCGGAGAUCGUGCCAGUGUCGCAGCUCUCGACGCGCGUCCGGGACCCCGCGCCCGCCGAGCCGCAGGCUGAGGGCCUGCCUCAGCGCGGGUCGAGCCAGGUGCAGACGAUGACGCCGGGGGACUCGCACCCGACGGGGAGCACGAGCCAGGUGGUCGAGGGCCUCAGCCCGCGGGAGACGGUGCUGGCCUCCAUCCGCGCCAUCCAGGCGCUGUGCAAUGCGGUGCAGCGCCAGGCUGCUGUCGAGGGGCGUGCGAUGGCGGCCCAGGAGGGGGCCAUGCACGCGGCGGGGCUGUUCGCGCUGUGUCGCGGGGCGCAGGCGAGCGUUCAGGAGCUCUUCCGGGCCGGCAAGGCGGACUCGACGGUGCUGAAGCCCGUGCUGGCCUUGGUGGACUCCAUCGGGUCCGAAUCCAACUCCCUGAGCAACCACGGGGACCUCUACUCCGGCAAGGGCGCGGUCGGCAUCAGCAGCAUCCUCGCGCUCUGCAGCGCGGCGGAGGCCAUGCUCGUCGCCCUGCCGUGA